AUGAAUAAACAGCUUGGUGAACAUCAGUCUUAUCCUGGAUACAUGCUCAUGAUUACCAAUGUUGUCAUUCAUUUGUUCUUGGUCACUGUCAAGGUGAGACUGGAAGUAAUGGGGAAGAAAGCAAAAAACACAACUUAUAUAUCUGGAAAUGAAGCUGGGAGGAUAUCAAGAGAAGUUUCUAAAGUGGAAAAGUUUAUGCUUGUGGAAAUGGCUGGAUCUAAAAACAUAGAAGCAGCAGGACAAACAGGAUUUGAAGCCAAAAUGCAGGAUUCAUUCGAGGAUGACAAAUCCAAAAUCCUGAUGAUUCAUUUUGGAAUUGGCCACAAUAUGGCUUCGGGGAACAAGGAAAACCAGCUUCUGGAGAUGAAGCAGCAGUGCCCCCCAAAUGCUAUGCUGCAUAUAGAUCUUGAGGUGAUCUCUUGGAAAGUUGGAAGUCUAUGA